CUUGGCUGAGAAGCCUUCAAAAAUACCUUGUGUAAUGAAAAACCCGGAUAUAUAAUCUCUCCCUAUAUAUUCUGUGUGCAUUGAAGUAGGCUCAUCACCCCCAGGGACCUGGUGCAGACCUGGAGCCUGUUUCACACGACUGCUACUUGAAGGGAACUUGCUAUUAUAGCGGUCAAGACUGCGAGAACAUAAAAUGAUGGAGAAAACAAGAGCAGAAGACACCAAGGUUAUUCUAAUGGAAAAAAGGAGCAAAUGAUACCAAGACAAGCUCAUAACAGAGAUCUAAUCAGCAGAUGUGUACGGAUGAAAAUACAGUGAGAUGAGUCAAAAAACGACUAAGGAGGGUCCCAGACUCUCCAAGAACCAGAAGUUUUCAGAGCACUUCAGCAUACAUUGCUGCCCGCCAUUCACCUUCCUCAACUCCAAACGUGAGAUCGUGGAUCGGAAAUACAGCAUCUGUAAAAGUGGCUGCUUCUACCAGAAGAAAGAAGAGGACUGGAUCUGCUGUGCCUGCCAGAAGACCAGCACCAGCCGCCGUGCAACGUCCCCUCAGAGGCCCAAGCACCAGCCAGCUGCACCCCCCGCCGUGGUCAGAGCACCGGCCAAGCCACGGUCCCCUCCGGCCAAGCCACGGUCCCCUCCGAGGUUCGAGCGUCAACCACGCCCCCGCCCAGAGGUCCGACCACCACCAGCCAAGCAGCGCCCCCCUCAGAAGUCCAAGCAGCCGCCGCGCAGCAGCCCCCAGAGAGGGCCAGGCACCAGCCGUGGGGGGUCCCCCAUCAAAGCUUCUAGAUUGAAAAGGAGGACCAAGACUACCCCACGGAAAAAGUGAGGGAGGACUUUCAAGCGAAUGGGCCACCUCAGGACCUGGACUCACUGCUUCUUGACCCACGUGCCUUUGGGCAAGUUAUCCAGCUUCCAAUAUGAUGCGGGCGCAGACACCUGCUGAUGUGGCAACUGCCAAUGCCCACAGUCCCCUUGGUUCAUGGGCUGCCAGGCAGCCUGCCUGGAGCCUUGUGAAGAUAACACCCUAUUGUCUUCUGACCUCUGUCACUGCCAAUGAGAAAUAUGUUGUCAGUCUACUUGUCCUUCCAUUGAUUCAAGUUUCUUCAAUCUGAAGAUAUAUAUCUUUCUUCAGGGAUCCACACAAAGAAGAUAUUGUUGUAUAACCAUCAUAAUGACAAAAUUUAAAAAUUAUCAGUGUUGGCAAAGAUUUGGGAAAAAUUCUGAAAAGCCACUGAUGAAAAUUUAUAAACUAUUAUAACACUUCUGGGGUGCAAUCUGGGUAUGCUAGCAAAAGGGGAUAUUGUAUAACUUAUGAUCAAGCAAUUAUAACUUUAGGUACCAAUCCUGGAGAAAACUUGCAUUCAUAGGAAAAGGAGGCACAAAUACAUCUAUUCAGUGAAGCAUUGUUGGCUAUUGGAAAACAAAAGAGAGAAAGAGAAAGAAAUUAAUAAAAAUGUCCACUAACAAAAUGAGUAAAUCAACAAUGGUAUAUUCAUAAAAUAAAAUCCUUAACAAAACAAAAACAAAUGAAUCACAUAUACCUACACCAGGUAGACAAAUUUGUAAGACAAAUGAGGAAUAUAAAAAGCAAAUAGUAGAUGGUAAAUGCAAUCUGAUGCCUUAUGCGUGUAUUUUAACCACGCACAAUACUGUAAUUUGGCAAUAAGCAGAAACCAUGACGUCUCAAAUGCUCUCUAUAAUGGAAUAGAAUUAAAAAAUGACAACAAAAUGAAAGCCUAUCCAAGAAAUAUCUAUCCCCCUGGAAAUCAGUAGGAAGAUUUGAAAUAAUUCCUGCUUUGAAGAAGUAACAGAAAUGAAAAGCUAUAUAGAAAUGGUCAACAAUAUUAGCCAGACACAAAUGUGUAUGGACGAAUAAGUGGGAGACUAAUAAUUAGCCUGGGGUCUCUCCAAGGUUACAUGUCUUAGAAAACAGAACACUUGCUCAUUUUGAACCUGGGUUGUGCUAUGGCUUCAGCAGGUUUCUGACAUGUGGACAAAGGACUAGAGUUAGAAUAUGCCAACCCUCCUAACCUUCCUGUAGUAAUAAGUAGGAAAGCACAGUAGAAGAUAAUGGAAUGUUGUAGAAUGUGGAGGGAUGUAAAAUGGGCAGUAUAAGUAGAGGGAAGCUCAGAGUACAGGAAAGCAAGGGCAUCCGAAGCAGUCUUGUGCUGGGGGUUGGGUGGCCAAGCACAGGCAGAUGCCUGAAGCUGCAACAAGGCCCUGGCUCUGUGUCUUUGAGUGAGCAGCAGCAGACCCAGCCAAGUUUAAAAGGUAAGUGGGAAUAUGGGGCAAUGCCAGAGAAAGUCUGCUCAAGGUGGGGCUGGGGAGAGAGGGAAGACAGAGAGUAGGGAAGAAGAAUGCUAGACUCAGGUGCGAUUCAGCUCAGAAGGCCAUACCUCCGCAAAGCGGAAUCAGGCCAAAUACUGUCCCAAGGUAGCUGGAACGUGGGGCCAGAGCAUCUGGCUUCUUUACUUGGGGAGGCCGCUUCUCUGGGCAAGUGGCAAUAAAAAGGCAGGGGAAUUGAACUACACAGAGCCUUCAUGUAGAAAUGUUUCUCCUGCCUAAACUCAGGUGCUAAAUGAACAACAAAAUGAGAACCUCUAUUAUGAACACUUUUUAAUGAUGAAAUAUGUGAGGCUGUUACAUUUCUGGGAAUGACACUGGGGCUCCAUAACAGACCACUAGAAAGAACAAAUUAGUGAGCUAGUCCCACUCAGACCCAAUAAGGAAACUCAAUAUUCCUUCCACCCGUUUUGGAUUUUGACAAAACCAGACUUCAUGCUCAGAGCUCUAUCCUCCAGAUAGAUACACUCAGAAGAUAGUUAUUAUGAAAUGCAAAAUUGAGAAGGAAAGAGCAUGGUAGUACUAAUGCAUGUAAAAAAUUGGAUAUUAGCAUGGAAAUGUUAAUAAGUAGAAAUUACUGAAUUCUCUGUAUAUGUCUGUUGUGGAAAUAAAAGCCCUGGGGAUGGAUCAGAAAUAUCUGGAAAUUACUUGAAACUGGUGGAUAACUAAAUGGAUAUUAUAACUAAAAUGUGCUAUAAUCCAAUUGUAUUUUUUUUUUUUUGUCUUCUAAGGUUUGGUUCUGGCAAGCACUAUGCAGUGAAUAUUGCAAAAAUUACAUAAAGCUCCAAAAGCUAUUCUAUGUAAAGUUCUUAAGUGGGGAUUCUUGACCAUAAUAUUUGGCAUAAUAACUCUGAUAAUUCUGUAUGUUAAUGGGUUUUAUGUUCUGAUAUUUUGACUGGUUUGGGAAAAACGGAGUUGUCCCAAAGCUGAACUCAGAGUUGUCCCGGUAAAUGCUUAACAACCGACUUUUUGGGUGGAAAGCCCUGAUCCAUAGUGUUUGUCAAUUUCCAUGACUUAAACACUUUCACUAUGGCUGAUUGCAGGCUGUGAGAGUGACAUCACUGAGAGCAGAAUCGGGGAUGAUGUAUGCAGCCGACCCUUGUAAGUUGGUGUACCCACUUGUAUCCAUGGGCAUGUGUGAAAUUGCAGUUUUUUUAUUAAAAAUUCUGCCCCAUAGAUAUACAAAGGCACUAGUGGAAGAACAAAUAUAAAGGGAAAAUAAAAUAAAUUCAAAUUGGGAGCUCAAACGGA